AGUGUCCUCUGCCUUCAUCGUAUUGUCAUUAGUGUACUUUAGUGUAUAUAAGAGAAUACUUUUAAUGUAUAUAAUCACAUUUUUCUGUAAACAAUCCCCAAAUCAAGUUAUGAUUCAUGAAUACAAUUUUACAAAUUUAUACGUCGUGUGUUAAACAAAAAUUUAUAUGUCAUAAUUAAAUAUCAAUUAUUAACAAAUAAGAAAACAUAUAAUUAUAUAAAAAUGAAUACGUGUGUCAAAAAAUAUAAGUUCGAAGCUAUAUUGGGCAGGGGAAUGUUUGGAACUGUUCAUCUAGUUAGAAGAACAGAGGACUUGAAACCAUUUGUUAUAAAGGAACAGAAUCUAAGUAUAAAAAAUAAUAUAUCAUCUAAAAUGGCCUUGAGAGAAGUGCAAUAUUUGCAAAAAAUGAGACAUCCAAACAUUGUUGCUUAUCAUGCAGCUUGGAUUGAGAAUAAUAAAAGUUACAUUCUUAUGGAAUAUGCAACUCGUAGUACAUUGAAAGAAUUAUUGGAAAAACGCGACUUACCGCUCAUGGAAGAGAAUGCUUUGUAUUUGUUCUCACAAAUUACUCUUGGAGUCCAUCAUAUACACACCAAGAAAAUUCUUCAUAGAGAUUUGAAACCUGAGAAUAUUUUGUUGACUGGACGUAAAGGAGACAUUGUUAAAAUUAGUGACUUUGGUGUUUCUAAAGAUAUACAUGAGGAAUCCAUGUGUUGCGCUGGAUCUUACUGCUACAUGGCUCCAGAAAUGCUUUCGAAUCAACCGUACGACUUAAAAUCGGAUGUAUGGAGUAUGGGUGUUAUUCUUUACGAAUUGGUGACAAAGCAGCUACCAUUUUCUGCAUCUGAUCUAGCUGAGAUCACAAGAAUGGUGUGUUAUGAAAAACCAAAACCGUUUGAUAAGAAUAUUUCAAUCUCGACAAUACGAUUGAUAUCAAAAAUGUUAAGGAAACAAGUGACCUAUCGUCCGAGAACCGAUCAAUUGUUACUUUGUCCUUACUUAGUUCCAUUCGUCGCUCGAGUUCACUUAAAUCUCGGCAGAAUUCAAAAGUUUUCUUUUCAGAAUAAAGAAAAUUUUAACCUUCGACUUUUUCAAUAUUUUAUAAAAUCUUAAAGUAGAUACAUACUCGUCCAUAUUUUUUAUCAAUUAAAACUUUUUUUUUAUAUAUAUACAAAAUGACAUUUUACAUAUUAGAUUAAAUUUAUUUAUGUGACUCUGCAAACAAAAAAAU